GGAUUUACUGCCAGUUUACUAAAUAUCAGGGUGUCAACGAGCCAGAAGUUGAAAAUCUCUGUUUGAUUUUGUUUUAAAGCUGCGUUAUUUCCUCUCAUUUCAGUACAGCUGUUCACCGGAUUUUAUCCGCUCUCGUCAACAAGUGAAGAUACGCAUCGACAGAGUUUAAAUAUGGUUGUUUGUACGGAGAACUGAUUUUUGUCGUUAGCUUUGGGUCUGUAAUUUAGGCCCAACACUUUGUCUCCAUCAUAGUGUGCACUGGGCGCCACAUAUUGUAACAGACAUUUAAAGCGUGAUCUUACUAUGAUGUAGAGACUCCUACUUACUGCAGACAUGUUCAAGUGCCUCAAUUUAUUUCCUUGGCGGACAACUCGACAGUAUGAGUGCAUUGAUCGAAGGCAUUCUAACUUGACGAGCGUGCCUGAUGAUGUUUUGCGACAGGAGCGUAGUUUGGAGGAAUUGUACCUCAGUGCAAACCAGCUCAGGGAGCUACCAAAGCAAUUGUUUCGUCUCUACAAACUGAAAAAACUUGCUGUUGAUGAUAAUGAAAUAGCAAAUUUGCCCUCAGAAAUUGGCAACCUUACCAAUCUUGAGGAACUUGAUAUUAGCAAAAAUGAUGUUGGUCUUUUGCCAGAAAAUAUCCAGUAUUGCAAAAAAUUGACAUCAAUAGACAUUAGCAGCAAUCCAUUGGCAUUACUUCCAGACUCAUUAACUCAACUCAAAGAAUUACAAAGUCUAUGCAUGAAUGACAUGUCAUUGAACAGAAUCCCUCCUGACAUUGGAAGCUUGAGUAACUUGGUUGUCUUGGAAAUAAGAGAGAAUAUCAUCAAAUUUUUACCUGAGUCUUUUUCCUUCCUCACUUCAUUGGAGAGACUUGACCUGGGAAGCAAUGAAAUAGAGGAACUUCCUGAAAGUAUUGGAUAUCUGUCAAAGUUGGUGGAACUCUGGCUAGAUGCAAAUUUCUUGGUGACGCUUCCAUCUGAAAUUGGACAGUUGAAGAGUUUACAGUGGCUAGAUCUAUCUGAUAAUAAGCUUGAGGAGUUGCCUGACGAAAUAAGUGGGCUUACAGCAUUAACGGAUUUAAUUCUGUCGCAGAAUAAUUUGCACGAACUGCCUGACGGAAUAGGAAAGUUGAAGAAGCUGUCAAUCUUAAAAGCUGACGUUAAUGAUCUUGACGAGCUGACACCAGCCAUUGGCGGGUUGUCAUCGCUGACAGAGUUAAUAUUGACCGAUAAUUCGCUUGAUGGCCUACCCUCUGCUAUCGGCAAACUCCACAAAUUGAAUCAUAUGAAUAUCGACAAGAACAGACUGGUUACGCUUCCCGCAGAAAUUGGCAGCUGCACACGUCUGAGUGUCUUAUCUGCUAGGAAUAAUGACAUCACCAAGUUACCAAAGCAGAUUGGAAAUUGUCGAAAUCUGACUGUUCUUGAUCUUUCAGGAAACAGGUUACCGAAUCUGCCAAUCACUGUGUCAGGAUUACCUCUAAAGGCGCUUUGGCUGUCGUCGAACCAGUCACAAUCGAUUUUGAAAUUGCAAGUUGAGGAACUUGAGGACAGCGAAGAGCAAGUUCUCACAUGUUUUCUUUUACCACAACUGCAGAUGAAGGCCGAAAGUCUAGAGCAAUUUUUGAACGAAGCUUAUGAAAAUCCGGAAGAAAGGAUGUGGUCUUCGCCGCGACCAAUGUCUGUGCAAUUUGAAGAGAUUGAUGAUCAUGGAGAGAGCAACCUUCAAAGACAACUAACUCCAUUUCCCAAAGACCUUAAAGCGAGACAUCCAAAAAAGAUGCUGCAGAAGACGAGGUCUUCUAGUUUUGAGGACAGCGAAAAAGAAGAUCAACACCCACCCAGAGAUAAAUCACAUCACUCAACUGAUUCAAAACACCAUGAAGUCGGCGUUCGAUUUUCCCAGGAACCCAGUGCUAAUGUGAAUCACUUUCAGAACCAUGAACACAAACACGAGGAUCAAAGCGAAGAAUCUGGCAAGGAGGCUGUUUGUGAGGAAGACGAGGAUGAGGACAACGGUACACGUGGCUUUGUGAGUUUCGAUCUGGCUUCGGUCGAGGAGAAGUCGGAUAAUACUGGAUUUCUUCUCAAGAGAAAAGAUACACCUCACUUCACUAAGGGAAAACGAAUUGUGCAGAGUGACGAGCAAAAAGCGCGGGAAAUCCUCGCAAACCUUGGAGCAAAAGAAGAAAGCGAGGAUGAGAAUUCGGAUGGUCAGUCCAGCUCGGAACAAGAGGAGAGCGCCGGCCCUUCAACGGUGAAAUUCGCUGUGCCAGAUAAAGAAGAAGAGGCAAGUGUUGGUCGUAGACGGAUUGUGCAAACGAGGUUUAAUGCUGAGGUUAUUCAAAUUGAUGCGAAUCCUGAAGAAGAAGAAAUGGACUCUCAGUGUAAAUUAGCAAGACGAGACACUCCUAGGCCUGCAGAUAUGAAGAACAGAAUGAAUCUAAGAACCGCUGCAGUGAACGCUUUUAUUGAGGAAGAAGAGGAAGAAAAUGAAGAGAAUAGUCACGAUGACGUCAAAGAUCUCAGUGGCGAGCAAAAAACUAUCACCAAAGUCUACGAAGAGAUAAGCACAGUUAUUAUUCGCGACGAGCAAAGCCUUGGAAUCAAUAUAGCUGGGGGUAAAGGAACAGCACCGUAUAAAGACGACGAAGAGGGUAUAUUUAUAUCGAAGAUAUCAGAGGGUGGGCCGGCUGACCAGGAAGGAAUCCUUCAAAUUGGUGACAAAAUUGUCAAGGUGAACGAGGUCGAUGUUUCAGAAAUGAGUCAUUACGAGGCGGUGAUGACACUAAAAAAUGCAGGCAAAGAGGUGACUCUUAUAGUUUUAAGGGAAAUCACAGAUGAAGAUGCAAUUCAAACUGCGCUUCAGGCACAAAGGGAAGAGAAAAACGUGCGCUUUGCACCUGAACCGGAAAUGGAAGAGAUUGAAGUAGCUACAGAAACACUGACUGUGGACCUGAAACGAGACGGGCGUGGCCUCGGUUUCAGCAUAGCUGGAGGAUUUGGUUCAACUCCAUUUAAAGGGAGUGACCCAGGUAUUUUCAUAAGCAAAAUUGCAGAGAAUGGGCCAGCUGCAGCCGAUGGGCGCUUGCGUGUUGGCGAUAAAGUCCUAAUGAUAAAUGAACAAGACGUACAGGAAUGCAGACACGAAGAUGCAGUGGCCAUUCUGACGAGCUCAGGGGAUACCGUCACCAUGAUGAUCUACAGAGAAAGGAUCAUAAACAAACGAAUGACACCAUUGUCAAAGCUGAACGGCACGGCCCCCAACCACACUGGGAAGUACUUUAUGCAAGAAACGGUCUCCAAGGCCGAAGCCACAAAGGCGGAAACGAUACCAAACCACAAUCGAGAUGAAAAUGGGCCGAUUUCCGACGCUGCAGCUGAUAAAAAGAUAUUAACUGAAGAAAUAAUUUUAAAGAAAGGCAUUGGACCUCUUGGCCUCAGUAUAGUUGGCGGUUCUGAUCACGCCAGUCACCCGUUUGGCGUCGAUGAGCCGGGGGUAUUCGUAUCAAAGAUCGUGCCUGGCGGGGCAGCUUCAAAGACCAAUCUGAAGGUUGGAGACAGAAUUUUAGCCGUAAAUGACAUCAAUAUGCGCGAUGCCACUCACCACACGGCUGUUUCUGCGUUAAUUGCAAAUGUCCCGCAGAUCAAACUUCUUGUGCGGCAUGAUCGACCUCCUCAAGGAUUACAGGAGAUUCAGAUUAUCAAAAAGCCAGGCGAGAAGCUUGGCAUCAGUAUAAGAGGUGGAGCCAAAAGUCACCCAGGAAAUCCAUUUGAUAAAUCAGACGAAGGGAUAUUUAUUUCGAAGGUCAACGCAAGUGGUGCUGCAGGAAAAGAUGGCAAGCUCAAGGUUGGCGUCAGGCUCCUGGAGGUUAAUGGACAGAGUAUGCUUGGAGCUACGCAUGUAGAGGCCGUCCGUGCGCUUCGUAACACCGGCGAUAAAUUGCACUUACUCGUGUGCGAUGGCUACGACGCGGACGCAGCCAGCAACAGCCUCUCAAGCGUGAUCGCCAAUCCACUUGUGACGUCAGACAUGACAAAGACCCACUUUCAGACCAGUUGCGAAUCGAUAUCGUCUAUUGAUCGUGAGACAAGUACCGACGAAGAAGCUGGGUCUCGCUCAAGUUGGGGUAAAGAAAACCUUGAUCAAAUCGAAGCACUUCGAAACGCAAGGAUUUCAGAAACGCAGUUUCUAGAGAAUGAGUUAGAACUCAAGGAAAGAGAACUGUUAAAGAAAUCGGAAAAAGCAUUCCAGAUGUCUGGUAAAUUGACGUCAUCACUGGAACAAAAUAACAAGUCAACAGAAAACCAUGACAGAUCCCUUGAGAAGAUCGAAAAUGGCUCUGAAAGGCAAGAGAAUACACGGCAACCAACUGCAGCUGAAUUACGUGCAAUUGAGGCUGAAAAGAAGGCUGUUUCAAGACAAGCCCGCAUGAAAGCUUUAGAAGAAGACGCUAUGAAGGCGCAAGUUGUAAUUGCUCAAGUGAAAGCGCUGUCAUCGUCCUCACUAGAAGGUUCUUCUGUGUCAGACACAGAUAGACCACUCGAAAAUUCGCUUUUCAGCUAAAGAGAAGGCAACGUAGCGUAGUUUUCUCAUUGACGCCGCCCAGCAGCCAUUACGCUGGGUGUGUAUGUGUAUUUGUAAUACACUGUGUUAACCGAUGUUUCAUUGACUGUGUUCACAAGUAAACACUAGGUACUAAGAUGAAGUGGAUCGCCACUUUCUGUUUAGGCCCUGGGGAGGUGCUUGCCCUCCUAAAUGUCUUUCAGUAGACAAAUAAUCCUUUUUAGAUCCCAGUAUCGUCAAUACCCUAUGCAGCUGUAACGUUAUCAUGAAAUACUUUAUGUUUCUUAACUGCUUGAAAUAAGACUUUUCGAGAAUAAUUUUUCUAUGCUCUUUCUAUUCAAGUAGAUGCUUUUUUAAGCAACAAUAAUCCCCCUUCCUCUGUACUUGAACUUGUUUAUCAAACGUUCUGCUGAUAUUUGGAAGAAUGCUCCAGUUUUGUACCGCAGUUGUCAGUCGUAUUUGAACUACCGAGCAGAAUAUCUGGAGAACUAAUAUGCACGUGAAUAGAAAGGACAUCUACGAUCUUUAAUGGUUUGAUUAAUUUUCAAGCUUUUAAUUUAAAUUAGAUUUUAUUGUUGGUGUUCCGAAUCCUAAACACGGUUCUUGCACUCUGAGCUUUUUUUUAUUUUAGAUGAAUUUUUGUUUCAUCGUUGUUAAAGAACGGUUUGAUCGUUAUAUCGGUUCAUUUAUUUUUAAACUGAUUUUCCCUUUUUAAUUCGGAUAGAUAUGUUGUGUGUAGAUAAUAUGGUUCUAUUUGUGAUCUUAAAAGAAGUUAAUAAUUGGGACUUUUAACGUCGUUUAUUAUUCUGUAUCUGAUUCUUUAAGUAUUAUUGAAACUUUGCCUGAUUAUAUAGGUUUUUGACUUUCAUAGUUUUUUUUAUUGGAAGACCUAUGAAGCGGACAGUAAUUUUUGAAGCUAUUCCUGCACCCUGAUUAUUGCCAGUUGUAUCGUCAUGACAGAUUCGAUAGUUAUAUCCCGGAAGUCUUUCCUCAGCUUUUUACAAGCUAGUAAAUUAUUGUUUUCCAAUCCUUGUUUUUCGUUUUAUUCUUAUCCUCCCUGUCUCGCAAAAUGUUGUAAUUCGAACAGGCUAUAGAUAUAUAAAUGUUUAAUAUACUGGAUAGUGUACUUUUAUCGAACUACAGACCUGGUGUUGAUGUAUUUUAGCAACUUUGAUAUUUUGUUUGAAGCGUUUGAUAGCACGCAUGCAGGCGAUGAUAAUGUGUCACAUAGAUGCACUUUGCUGUCGUUUGAAAUUAGAUUUUUAUUUUCAUGCAUUCGAAAGUAGUUUUUAUCACGAAGUAUAAUGAGGAAAACCAGGUAUUGGGACUGAUUUACGAGGGUUCUUAGGACGUCGCGUUGAUAAAAACUCCUUCAGAAUGCCUCACGUCUAUCAGAUAAUAAUUGGUAAAUAACUUUGACUUAGCUCGCUGCAUUUACUUUUUAAUUAGGUUUCUAUUGAUAUUUGUACCAAGGUUAAGGAUUGCUUAAGAUCUUGUCUUUUAUGAUGGAUAUAUUUCCAUGAAAUUUAGAUCAUACUGUACAGAUGUAAUGUUGUAGUAUCUUGAAACUGAUCUCAGUUGUGCUGUA